AUGAAAGUUAGAUUGGAGACAAUGUCUCCCUGUCACUGUUUCUUUUUUCUUGCAAUCUUAGUUUCAGCAAUUAUAGCCCUCUUUGCUGCAUCAUUUAAUGUUCCUGUAAUGAUAAUUACAGACAGAGGAAAUGUUCAAUUAUGCAACUAAGUCUAAUAAAAUAUUACUGCUGGGGGAUAAAGCUCAUUGAGAAAUCUAUAGUCAGCUACAAAUAAUACCAAUGUGACUACCAAAACUCAAAAUAGCACAGUUAUAAUAGUAUAACAAGACAAUAAGACAAAUGGAACUAAUACUAAUUAAUCAAUUAAUAGCAAUACUCUUGUUGUUAAGAACUAGAGUCAAACAGCCACAGUGAUUUAAUGCUCAAAUUUAAAUAACAUUACAGUUGGCCAAAUUUGGAAAACUGAAUUGAAUAAUAUUUAGCUUAAAAAUCAAAUACUUCUAUUGUAUGGAUAGGUAGAUUAAACUUUAUAACAAGACUAGUAAGGUUAUUCAGCGACAAACUACUAAUUCAUUUUAAGAUAUGAGGUUUAAAUUAAUGGUAGAAAUUCAGACUAGGAAAAAUGGGAAAAAAUUAUUUAAAAUACUCAAUAAUCCUCAAAGAUAGAGUGUAGAACUAAUGAAAAGAUUUGUUCUUAUUUCAUCUUAGCACACAUACCAAUAUUAACUCACUCCACCUAUCAGAUUUGGAUUAAUGUCACUAAUUUGAAUUUAACAGGAAUGAAGCUUAAUGAUAAUAUACAUUUUCAUGUUGGAUAUAUUAACCCAGAAUAUACGGACAUGCAAAUUAGCGUAAGAAUGAUUUUUAUGGUGCUAAGUUUAUUGUUUUGUAUUGCAUACUGGUGCAAAAUGUGUAGGCUAUCAAAAAAUAUAGCAUAAACUUAUGAUCAAACCAAAUUAUACAUGAUUGUAUUUGCUUGUGUGUUAUUUAAUGACCCCACUUACAUAAUCAAUAUUUUCAAACCUACUAUGUUUACCUAUGUGAUUUCUUAACUCUGGCUGGCAGUAUUUUUUGUGUUGCUUCUGCAAUACUGGCUAAGGUCUGUAUAAAGGAUAAAAGAUGAGCCAAUUGAAAAGUAAGUAUUGCAAAGUUCUCAAAGAAACAAAGCUUAAGGCAAAAGAUAGAAGAGCUGCAUUGAAAAAGUUAAAAGCAUCUAUUUCGUUGUUUUUACUGCUGAUCUAAUGUCAUUGUACAUUUUGUACUUGAUUAAUGUUAGAGAAAACGCAGCAUUUUCUCAUUUUGAGACAAUUCCAGAUGCUCUGAUGGCUCUGAUAAUUCUCACUGCAUUUUUCUUGUUCGUUUAUCUCAUAUGGUUCUUUGUUACCUUUUGUAUUACCUGCAUCCAUUUUAGGAAUAUACCAUUUAGAUCAAGAAUAUUAUAUCUAUACUCUUUAAUGAUGCUAUUCGUUUGUAUUGGUACUGUGGCAUUCGGCGUUUACUCUCCAUUCUACUCUAAUGGGGGAAUCUUUUUAUUUUUCAUAGCUCUGUUUAACUUGUAUGUAUGGAGCCUGGUUUACCUCAAUUGGCCAAAUUAUAGCACUGAAAUGGUCAAUUAAGAGGAUAACAUCGAACUUGAACUAAAAUUCUAGAGGGACGAAAAUGGUUCUGCUAACGAUACAAGUUUGUAGAAUGGUCGUAAAAGUAUUGGACUCAAGGCUCCAAAAACUUACAAAGGCUAUCAAAAUUAGAAUAGUAAUUACAAGCCAGAUGAAACUGAAGAGGACAAGCAAACUGAUAACAGUCAUAUAGUACCAACAGGCACAAGAGAUAUAAGGAUUGAGUUUUGA